CUCCAUCAACCCGAGUACGCAAUUGCUCCGACGACUCUGCUUCAAUGGUUUCUCCAACAAGUUAUUGUUGUGCAACUGAAAAGCUGAUGAAUCUGAGACUUUUUGGUUCAAUUAGGGAAGUCAGAAUCUAUGAAAUGGAAAAAAAGAAGAUUCCAGCCACUAUUGUUACCAUAUCAAAAUGGAAUAGAAAAGAGAAUUUCAAUUGUGACACUGGACCUGCUGCAAAGAUAAUGAUCAAGGGAGUGACAACAACCGGGGAGAAGACAGUGUGCAAGAACUCUCGAGUAUUCAAGAUGCUAACUCAAAACCUAUCCCCACUAGGUUAUUUCUCCAUUGUUUUCCAUCUAGCUGGUCCAGUUGAUCCGCAACCAUGUCAAGGUGACGGGGCCAACGGAAUGCUCCAAUGUAUUGUGAAGAAAAAGUGAUUAAACACUCAAAAAAGAUGUAUGACUAGUUAAUGUUAAUUAUAUGAACUAUCUUACUCUAAGUAUGUAGUUGCAGCAAAUUAUAUAAUCAAAAUGAUAAUAUAUUUACA